UCUUGCACGUCAAGGGACGACACGACAGCGGUCAGGCGGAACUUGGAAAAAAGGAAAACGGUAAAGCGAUCUGUGAAAAAGUGCAGCAUCCAGGCGAAAGAAAGCUCACAACGCUUCGCUUGCACCAAACUGCAUCAACGAUUGUCUGCUCUUCGAAGGCAGCGGUCAACAAGCAAAGGGAAGCCAGUUCCGUUCGGGUUUUGCGAACGAAACGGAGCAAACGCGUCAAAGGGGCAAACGGGCGUCCAGAGAAAGUGCGUACGUAGUGCGUGAGGAAACAUAAUGGCAGAUCAGACGGAGCUUCGUAUGAACCUCGUCGCCAUCAAACGGGUCGAUCCUUACGCCAAGGACAUUGUCAACUCGUCGGCACACGUCGCCUUCUACGUGUUCAACAAUGCGGACAGCGAGUGGGAGAAGACGGACAUCGAGGGGGCACUGUUCAUUUACAGCCGAUUCGCCGAACCCUACCACAGCAUCUUCAUCAACAAUCGGCUCAACACGAACUCACUGGUGGAACCGAUUCGCGGCCAAAUUGAGCUGCAAACGAAACCACCGUUUCUACUGUACCGUAACGAGCGGUCCCGCAUCCGAGGCUUCUGGUUUUACAACGAUUCCGAAUGUGGUCGCAUCGGCCAAGUAAUCCAACGGCUCGUGACGGAGUGUGCCGAUUCUGGUGAGAAGGGCGCCCUGCUGAAUGGCGCUGGCAUUGGUCCUGGUGGUAGUGGGACCAUACCUCCCGGUAUGAUAGCCGGUGGCGGCACCGUGCCGGGUAUGAAUGGGAAUGCCCCGCCAUCGGAACCCAACAACGUGGACAUUUUCAGCAUGCUAACAAAGGCGCAGGAAGAUUAUCAAAACAACGCCACAGCUACUACCACCGCGGGCAACCAUGUGGCUGGUGUUAAAGUAGGCGUGGAGCAGCUGCCUGGCGUAGCAACGCUUCCCGGAAUGGUGCUCGCUGGGCACAGCCUACUGCCGCCGGAGCAGAUUUCCAACCAAAAUGCGCCGCGGAGCGUGGUGAACUUUUUUGCAGCCGCCAAACAGCCGGCAGCUUCGGAGGUGCCCCUCUUCAAGACGCUUGCUCCGGUCCACACACUCGAGCAGAUCGAGAAGCUGCAUCGGGCUUCGACGCCACAAAAAGAACCACCCCAACCCGUGCCGCCGGCUACGGCCAACACUGGAAAGCUAACGCCCGAUGUGACCGAGCUGAAGCGCAUGGGUAUUCCAAUAAUGGCGUGUCCCAGUGGGCCGCAAACGCCGUCCACCGGCACAAUGCCCGAACUCGGAAGCUCGCCAUUGGCAACGUUCCUCAGUGCCGCGAACCUUUCGUCGGCCAUCCGGGCCAACAACCACCCAGCGGUGAUGCCGAAGACGAAGCUGAUCGAGAUCAGUGAGCUGGAGUCGCGCCAAAACCACCAGCAGCAGCCACAGCCUACGCCGCUGCACGAGCUGCUGAAGAAGUCGGAUCCGAUCGGGGUGGGAAGUUUGGCGGUCACAGGCACACCGCCGACGACCUCCGUCGUCCGACCGGCCCUGAUGCCUCCGACCAUGUUUAAACCGACGACGCCGUCUGCGGGUGCUGUGCCACCCGGUAGCACCGGGGUAACUCCAUCCAGUGGUGGACAGCAAAAGGCGGCCCAAAGCACCGGAAAGCAAACAGCCGGUAGCAAGGGAGCCGCUAGGCAACGGGAUGGUGGUGCAGGCACUACACCACCUAAGCAUCAACCCGGAGGCGUUGCGACGGUGGCCGAAAUUCUGUCGAAGACGGCUGCCAACUCCAAGAACAACAACAUUAUGCACAGCACUAGCGCCAAGGCGAGUAGCGCCAAUGGUAAUAGUAAAAAUAGUAACAAUAACAACAAUGCUGGUACCGCGGGUGGACCGGUGGAACCCCUGACCCAGAACCAGCUCAUCCAAGCGGUCAGCUAUCUGAUCAAACACGAUCCGGACUUUGUGCGGAAGUUGCAUGAAGCGUAUGUAAAGUCGUUUGCCGAAAUGAUGAUAUCGAACUAAUUGGCCCGUCCUUAGUUCGAACACAGCCCCAACACAACAGUUCUACAUGUGCGCCUUCGCAAUCCAUUCAAGGAUCCCUGCUCCACUUUCUCUCCCCUUGUUCUUGCCACACGUGUUGGCCGAUCUCUGACACAUACAACCUGCCCAACCGAUACACCGCGAAAUGAUCGACACAAGCUAAAACACACAUGGAUAGCGAACAAUAGCGAAAGAGAGAGAGAGAGCAUGAGCUUCCAAUUCGACACGAAAAGGACAAUGAAGCGUGAUUAUCGUUUGAAUUUGCAUCUACUCGCUGCACUUGGCCGUUUCCUACAAUGUACAAUAUUUCUUCAACAUAACUAUUAGACUAAGUGAAUCACGUUUCUUAGAUAUUAAUACUUUUAUUUGAUUUAGACAUGUAUCACCUAUGGUCUCUUAUUUGGGCUCUUUCAAUCUUAUUGGUUCCCAAAAAUGAUAAAUAUUGGAAGUGUUUACACUGGUGGUAACUGUGCAAGAGUACCGUUACCCGUGUAGACAAGUAUGUAAAUGAUUUUUUAUUACGAUUAUUCUCAUUUAGAGUUGCACUGACUACAUUUGAAACGAAUUUUACCGACGAUUGAUGAUGAACGAUGAUGGAUCCGAUCGUAAAGGAGGCUCAUUUUUCGUUAGUACCUUAUCCUUUAAAUUCAUUAUCUCAUUAUCUCUCUCUCUCUCUCAAAGUAUAACACCACACAGCAAGCAAAACAGCAACGAUCGCGUCCUCAAUGUGAAUAGAGUAGAGCGUCCUUUUGCCCAAAAAUGGAAACAUUCGCUAGGGAGGAAACCGCAAUAAACCGCGCUUGCAUUGAAGAGCGUGCCACAAACCAGCAGAGGGAAAGCGCUACUUGGUGUAUUGCAAACCGUUUAAAAAACUGCAGCUUUGUCCACCCACAUACGAUUAACACAAUUUGGUCCGUUUUUCCGUACUUUCAUCAUCGUAGUGUUUAACGGCACAGGGGAGCAUGUACCUUUGUAGAGCGACGCAUAAUGUGAGCAAAACAAUUAUCUAGCAGCAGCUAUAACAAGAUCCCCGAUGUAAUUGAUGGAGGCGAAAGAAAGCAAAUGAUUAAAUGGUAGAUAACUCGACACUUUUCGAUGUAUAAUAAUAUUAGGGGCGGCAAAAGCAGAAAAAGCGGCAGCCGCAUAGAGCCCGAGUGAUUAAGCGAUUGAGAUGUUAGGUCAGCUCAGAAGAAACUGAAAAGACGCCCCAAACCCACAGCUACAACGAUUCCAGACAUGCAGUUCUUUAGUCAGUACAUUUCUCGUUAGCGGUCUCAGAAUUAUCGAUGUAAAGAGUUUGUCGCGAGACGCGUGUACGGUAAGUCCGGUAAGCGCAGGGGGCGCCAGACACACAGGAACAGAACAAUGAGGAAAGUACGACACAAUAACAAAACAAUGCGUGCGCCCGCUAUGUG